AAGAGAAGGGGGAGGGAAGGGAGGAGGACUCAGCUCGAAUGUUGCAGUUUGCUACUGGUCGCCGAGCAUUUGAGUGAGACCGGAGGAGUAGGAGGACAGCUGGAGCCAGCCUCUCGCUGCUUGAGAUUGCUGCUGCUAGGAGAGAGGAAGAGGCGAGGUUUCGCGCUGGUUGGGGUGGAUUUCCCUCCCCCCACCAUGCAUGCUCAGCAGUGCAGAGAAUCAGGAAGUCACAGCAGCCGAAUAGGGCUCACUCUCAUUCACAGACAUGUUUGAUCGCUAUGACAUGAUGAAGGAGGAACUAUAGGCCUAGUUUUGCCAUGCAAACGCUCCUUCCGCGCGUCUGGCACCUAACCCGCCGUUUGCAUGCCUAGAUCUUCUCUGGUGUCACUUCUGUAAGCUCUACCAUUGAUUGAAAGAAAGACGGGGAAUAGAUGUCUACACCAACAGAUCCUGGUGCAAUGCCUCAUCCCGGCCCUUCUCCAGGGCCAGGGCCAUCUCCAGGACCAAUACUUGGUCCCAGCCCAGGACCAGGCCCUUCACCAAGUUCAGUGCAUAGCAUGAUGGGACCAAGUCCUGGACCUCCAAGUGUUCCACAUCCAAUGCCAGCUAUGGGACCGAGCGAUUACUCGCAAGAUGGCAUGCAUCAAAUGCACAAACCCAUCGAUGGUUUGCACGAAAAAGGAAUGGUCGAAGAUCUGCACAACAGCUCUAUGAAGACUGCAAGUAUGCGACCUCCUCAUCCUGGCAUGGGACCACCUCAGAGUCCAAUGGAUCAACACAGCCAAGGCUAUAUGUCACCUCAUCCGUCUCCACUGGGAGCACCAGAACAUGUAUCUAGUCCAAUGUCUGGAGGAGGUCCGACUCCACCUCAAAUGCCACCAAGCCAGCCAGGACCCAUGAUGCCAGGAGAUCCACAAGUUAUGAGUCAACCCAAUAGGGGCCCUUCACCUUUCAGUCCAGUUCAGUUGCAUCAACUCCGAGCUCAGAUUCUAGCAUAUAAAAUGCUGGCGAGAGGUCAGCCUUUGCCUGAAAACCUCCAGCUUGCUGUACAAGGGAAGAGGACACUGCCUGGGAUUCAACAGCCACAGACUCUUUACAAGCCAUCUGUGGUUGUACCCCUAACUGGACCAGGAGUUCCUUCAGGAAUGCCAGGACACACAGCUGCAAUGGCCCCAAAAACGUGGCCAGAAGGGCAAGGUGCAGAUGUGAAUGUUUCUAGUACACCUCAAAAGCUUGCUGUUCCACCCCCUAGUGGAAGACCUUCACCUGCCCCUGCAGCUGCCCAGCCUACCACAGUAAUGCCUGGUCCUUCUGUACCACAGCCCACAGCCGGUCAGCCUUCACCUAUUGUUCAACUACAGCAAAAACAGAACCGUAUCAGCCCCAUUCAAAAGCCCCAAGGGCUGGACCCUGUUGAAAUUCUCCAGGAACGGGAAUAUAGGCUUCAGGCUCGAAUUGCUCACAGAAUUCAGGAAUUAGAAAAUUUGCCUGGCUCUUUGCCUCCAGAUCUGCGAACCAAAGCCACAGUGGAGCUGAAGGCACUUAGGCUACUGAAUUUCCAGCGCCAGUUAAGACAAGAGGUGGUGGCCUGCAUGCGUCGUGACACAACUUUGGAGACUGCUUUGAACUCUAAAGCCUACAAACGCAGCAAGCGCCAGACCUUGAGAGAAGCCCGAAUGACUGAAAAACUAGAGAAACAACAGAAGAUAGAACAGGAGAGAAAACGUAGACAGAAGCACCAGGAAUAUCUCAACAGCAUCUUGCAGCAUGCUAAAGAUUUUAAAGAAUACCAUCGGUCAGUGGCUGGAAAAAUUCAGAAACUUUCCAAAGCUGUGGCUACUUGGCAUGCUAACACUGAGCGUGAACAGAAGAAAGAAACGGAGAAGAUUGAGAGAGAGCGAAUGAGAAGGCUGAUGGCUGAAGAUGAGGAAGGCUACCGUAAACUGAUUGAUCAGAAGAAAGACAGACGUUUGGCAUACCUGCUGCAGCAAACUGAUGAAUAUGUGGCUAACCUGACUAAUUUGGUGUGGGAGCACAAGCAGGCACAAGCUGCCAAAGAAAAGAAGAAGAGGAGGAGAAGAAAGAAGAAAGCAGAAGACAAUACCGAAGGAAUAGGAUCUGGGCUUGGUCCUGAUGGAGAGCCCAUAGAUGAGAGCAGUCAGAUGAGUGAUCUCCCAGUCAAGGUAACUCACACUGAAACAGGCAAAGUUCUCCUUGGACCAGAGGCUCCUAAAGCAAGUCAGUUGGAUGCUUGGCUAGAAAUGAACCCAGGCUAUGAAGUUGCACCCAGGUCAGACAGUGAAGAUGAAAGUGAUUCUGAGUAUGAGGAAGAUGAAGAUGAAGAGGAAUCAAGUAGACAAGAAACAGAUGAGAAGAUACAUCUGGAUCCAAACACUGAAGAUGUGUCAGAAAACGAUGCUAAACAAAUCAUUGAGACAGCCAAACAAGAUGUGGACGAUGAAUACAGCAUGCAGUACAGUGCCAGAGGGUCUCAAUCCUACUAUACAGUGGCUCAUGCAAUUGCUGAGAGAGUGGAGAAGCAGUCUUCUCUACUCAUUAAUGGCACACUAAAACAUUACCAGGUCCAGGGCCUGGAAUGGAUGGUUUCUCUGUAUAAUAACAAUUUGAAUGGAAUUUUAGCUGAUGAAAUGGGGCUGGGAAAGACCAUACAGACUAUUGCACUCAUCACUUAUCUGAUGGAUCACAAAAGGCUCAAUGGCCCCUAUCUCAUCAUUGUUCCCCUCUCGACUUUAUCCAACUGGACUUACGAAUUUGACAAAUGGGCUCCUUCUGUGGUGAAAAUUUCUUACAAGGGUACACCUGCUAUGCGCCGAUCACUUGUUCCCCAGCUUCGUAGUGGAAAAUUUAAUGUUCUUUUGACUACUUAUGAGUACAUAAUAAAGGACAAACACAUUCUUGCUAAGAUUCGGUGGAAAUAUAUGAUUGUAGAUGAAGGCCAUCGAAUGAAGAAUCAUCACUGCAAGCUGACUCAGGUGUUGAAUACUCACUAUGUAGCCCCAAGAAGAAUUCUCUUGACUGGAACUCCAUUGCAAAACAAAUUGCCAGAACUUUGGGCUCUCCUUAAUUUCCUCCUUCCAACGAUUUUCAAGAGUUGCAGCACCUUCGAACAAUGGUUCAAUGCCCCUUUUGCCAUGACUGGAGAAAGGGUGGAUUUAAAUGAGGAAGAGACUAUUCUGAUAAUUCGGCGUCUCCACAAAGUUCUACGACCCUUCUUGUUAAGGAGGUUGAAGAAAGAGGUUGAAUCUCAGCUGCCAGAAAAGGUUGAAUAUGUGAUUAAAUGUGAUAUGUCUGCACUUCAGAAGAUUCUGUACCGUCACAUGCAAGCCAAGGGAAUCCUGCUCACUGAUGGUUCUGAGAAAGACAAGAAGGGAAAAGGAGGAGCUAAAACCCUUAUGAAUACCAUCAUGCAGUUGAGAAAGAUAUGCAAUCACCCAUAUAUGUUUCAGCAUAUUGAGGAAUCCUUUGCUGAACAUUUGGGCUAUGCAAAUGGUGUCAUCAAUGGAGCCGAGCUUUAUCGGGCCUCAGGGAAGUUUGAGCUACUUGAUCGAAUUCUACCAAAGUUGCGAGCCACUAACCACCGUGUGCUUCUCUUCUGUCAAAUGACAUCGCUCAUGACCAUUAUGGAAGACUAUUUUGCCUUUCGAAACUUUGCUUACCUGCGACUUGAUGGAACAACCAAAUCAGAGGAUCGAGCAACUCUGCUUAAGAAGUUCAAUGAGCCCAAUUCACAGUACUUCAUCUUUCUGUUGAGCACAAGGGCAGGAGGUCUGGGCUUGAACCUUCAGGCAGCUGAUACUGUCAUAAUUUUUGACAGUGAUUGGAAUCCCCAUCAGGACUUGCAGGCACAAGACAGAGCUCACCGAAUUGGACAGCAGAAUGAAGUCCGAGUCCUACGACUGUGCACAGUGAACAGUGUGGAGGAGAAAAUUCUUGCAGCUGCCAAGUAUAAACUGAAUGUGGAUCAGAAAGUUAUUCAGGCUGGCAUGUUUGACCAAAAGUCUUCAAGCCACGAGCGAAGGGCUUUUCUCCAGGCCAUAUUGGAACAUGAAGAAGAAAAUGAGGAAGAAGACGAAGUUCCAGAUGAUGAGACUCUGAAUCAGAUGAUUGCGCGGCAUGAAGAGGAAUUUGAGCUUUUCAUGCGAAUGGACAUGGACCGGCGCAGGGAGGACGCUCGAAAUCCAAAACGCAAACCACGCUUGAUGGAGGAAGAUGACCUGCCAUCCUGGAUAAUCAAAGAUGAUGCUGAAGUUGAAAGGCUUACAUGUGAAGAGGAGGAGGAGAAAAUAUUUGGCAGAGGCUCCCGCCAACGCAGGGAUGUGGACUACAGUGAUGCCCUGACAGAGAAACAGUGGCUAAGGGCGAUUGAAGACGGCAAUUUGGAAGAAAUGGAAGAGGAAGUUCGGCUUAAAAAACGAAAACGGAGAAGAAAUGUUGACAAGGAUUCGGGUAAAGAAGAUGGAGAGAAGGCAAAAAAGAGGAGAGGAAGACCUCCAGCAGAGAAAUUGUCACCCAAUCCCCCUAAGCUGACAAAACAGAUGAAUGCCAUCAUUGAUACUGUGAUCAAUUAUAAAGACAGUUCAGGACGACAGUUAAGUGAAGUCUUCAUUCAACUGCCUUCCAGAAAAGAAUACCCGGAAUACUACGAGUUAAUUAGAAAGCCAGUGGACUUCAAAAAAAUAAAGGAAAGAAUUCGUAACCAUAAAUAUCGGAGUCUCAGUGACCUGGAAAAGGACGUCAUGUUGUUGUGUCACAAUGCUCAGACUUUCAAUUUAGAAGGAUCACAGAUCUAUGAGGAUUCCAUUGUUCUCCAGUCAGUGUUCAAAAGUGCGCGGCAGAAGCUUGCCAAAGAAGAUGAAAGUGAGGAAGACAGCAAUGAGGAAGAAGAAGAUGAGGAAGAUGAGUCGGAGUCAGAAUCCAAAUCUGUGAAAGUAAAAAUCAAGCUAAACAAAAAGGAUGACAAAAACCGAGACAAAGGGAAAGGCAAGAAGCGCCAAAGUCGGGUAAAAGUCAAACCGGUCGUGAGUGAUGAUGACAGUGAUGAGGAUCAAGAUGAAAACGACCAGUCAGAAGCAAGUGGAAGUGACGACGAGUGAUCCAUAUGGUCAAAUUUUCUUAAACGAGAAGCCUACUUCUCUUCUCCCAUUUUACACACAGUGAAUUCACUUUGUCAGAUAGGCAUUGGGGUGUUUCUGUAUUCACGUCAUCUAUAAACUAGGUUUAGGAUAGUGCCAGACAAGCAUAUGAUAUCAUGGUGUAAAAAGGAAAAAAAAUGUAAUAUACUGUGACCAAAUGGGCCUCAAAGAUAAAAUAACAAAACAAAACAAAAAUCUUUUGAUGGGAAAAAAAACAUGGGUUGAUAGUAUAUUUCUAUGGGUUGGGUUUAGCUUACUAAUGGUUUGACUAUUCCUGGUUUCAAUAUUUGAUUAGAUGCUAUCGAAUGGCAUCAGAAAGAUUUAAACAAUGUCUUUUGUAGCAUUGCUAACCAGGAGCCAUUAAAAGCAACUGGUGAUUUUAUUUUUCAUCAGGCAAUUUUCAAGGUUUUAUUAGUUCUGCAUUUGUUUUUACACUGUGGUACAUAUAUGCAAUUUUGUUUAAGAGCUUCUAAAUGUACAGUAGCUAGCUUCUACCCUGUCUUGUCCCAUUCAUUGCUUCACUUUAUGCUCAAUGAUCUCUUGAAAAAGGAACUGCUUUUUGAACUGUAUACAUGAAAUUUAUGUCUACUGUAAACUUUCCUUUCCUUUUUUCCUUUUUUUUUUUUUGAUGAUAAAAAGUUGGAUUUAAAAUGCUGUUGAAUAUUGCAAUCUUAUAUAGUAUAAAGAAUGGCUUCUUUCAUCGGAUUAUCUUUUGUGUUACCAAUAUGGUUUGCCACCUUUCCCCAAAGUGUACUUAAUCUUUGCUUUCUUUGCACAAUGUCUUUGGUUGCGAUUCAUAAGCCUGAGGCAAAUAAAAUUCCAGUAAUUUUGAA